AUGUACGGCCUUUUCAUGGAAGUCACCAACCACGUCAAGCUCCUGGCUGGCGCAGAAUUGGGAUCCCAAACCAUCAUCCGGUCGUCUGAUGACGCCCCCGUCAUUUCUCAAAUCAUCGAAGCCGGCAUGCUCGGGAAGAUCGGGCUCAAUUCAGCCGGGGUGGGAGUAGGCCUCAACGCGAUAGUAGCACCAGGGACCGAUUUCAAGCGGUUGCCCGUCCACAUCGCACUGCGCGCCGUCCUGGAGAACCGCUCUCGCCAGCAGGCUGUGGGAUUUCUUGACCGGGUCGGUCUGGCGAGUGCAUGUCACAUUCUGGUGGCCGAUGCCGCAAGUGGCGGCGUCGGCCUCGAGUUCAGUGCUGUGGAUUGCGUGAGCUUGGAAAUGGACGCGAGGGGGAUCGUGACACACACGAACCACUUCCUGCGCCCGCAUGCGAAGGGGCUGGUAUCCCAGGUCAGCUUCGCGACCCAGAUCCGGCUGAGCCGUGUUAAUGAGCUCUUGCGGGAGGUACAGGGCCAGGAGGCGAACAGGGGUGUGGUCGAGGGGAUCCUGGCGGACGAGCUGUACUGGCCCUAUUCUAUCAACAGGUCUGCGGGCAAGGAGACGCCCGCCGUGACGCUUUUCAGCAUAGCGAUGGACUUGGAUAGGCGGGAGGCUACUGUGAAGAUUGGCCGGCCUACUGAGCCCAUUGCCGAGUUGGUCCUCACUCCUGGCUUGCUCGGAUCCGAGUCCCGGACUUAG